CGAUGCUGGGGGUCCGUCUGGGGAGAGAGUCCGAAACUCCAGAAACUGCAGAUGUUUAUCUUCGGUCGAUAUAUAAUUAACGGCGGAAGCCAAAGUCAUUUGUUUAAUCCAACGGCUUGAGACGAAUCUCUCGUCGAUAUAUGGCCGCACAAGCGUCCAUCAUUCCAUAUUAAUACUCUCGUGAACCAUCUCCGGCACUCUCUCUCCAACCCUGGUUCUGCUCACCCAGACCAGGCUCUCUCUCUCUCUCUCUCUCUCUCUCUCUUUCUCUCUCUCUCGAUUCUCGCCCUAAUUUUUCGAUCAAACUCUCCGUUCUCUGUUGAAGAAACCUGUAGAACGAAAGCCUGAAGGAGAGAAGGGAGAGAGAGAGGAGGAAACAUUGAAGGCAAACUAUGAUGCAAUCAACCGCCAGUGCUGAUCUGCAGCACCAGCAACAACUGCCGCAGCACCAGCAACAAUGGAUGGCGAUGCAGUAUCCGGCGGCGACAAUGGUGAUGCAGCACCAGAUGAUGCCGCAGCACUACCCGGCACACUACAUGCCAUACCAUCAUCACCAACAGCAGCAGCACACGCAACAACAACAACAGCAACAGCAGCAGGGAUCCAUGGAAGAUAAUAAGACGAUCUGGGUCGGUGACCUCCAUUAUUGGAUGGACGAGAGUUACCUCCAUAGCUGCUUCGCUCACACAGGCGAGGUUGUUUCUAUAAAGGUUAUUCGCAAUAAGCAGACUGGUCAGUCUGAGGGCUAUGGAUUUGUUGAAUUCUUUUCACAUGCAGCAGCCGAAAAAGUCUUGCAGAACUACAAUGGCACAGCAAUGCCUAACACAGAUCAUCCGUUUCGCCUGAAUUGGGCAUCAUUUAGCACAGGCGAGAGGCGAUCUGAUGCUGGAUCUGACCGGUCUAUAUUUGUGGGCGAUUUGGCCGCAGAUGUUACUGAUACUUUAUUGCAAGAAACAUUUGCCAGUAGAUAUCCAUCCGUAAAAGGUGCAAAAGUUGUCAUUGAUGCAAAUACUGGUCGUUCAAAAGGCUAUGGUUUUGUGAGGUUUGGUGAUGAUAAUGAGAGGUCACGAGCCAUGACUGAAAUGAAUGGUGUCUAUUGUUCUACUAGGCCCAUGCGCAUAGGUGUUGCAACCCCCAGAAAGUCAUCCGGAUAUCAACAGCAACAAUAUUCUUCUCAAGCUUUGGUCUUGGUAGGUGGAUAUGCACCAAAUAAUGCAUCUGGUCUAGGUGGACAAUCUGAUGGUGAUUCUACAAACACAACAAUAUUUGUUGGAGGACUUGACCCCAGUGUCACUGAUGAAGAUCUCAGGCAACCUUUUUCUCAGUAUGGUGAGAUUAUCUCGGUAAAAAUUCCAGUUGGGAAAGGAUGUGGCUUCGUGCAGUUUGCGAACAGAACCAAUGCUGAGGAGGCUUUGCAAAAGUUGAAUGGCACUGUCAUUGGCAAGCAGACGGUUCGCCUUUCUUGGGGUCGUAAUCCAGCAAACAAGAUGAGAAUUGAUCCUGUUAAUCAAUGGAAUGGAGCAUACUAUGGAGGACAGGUUUAUGAUGGAUAUGGAUACGUUAUACCACCACCUCAUGACCCAAGCAUGUAUGCUGCAGCUUAUGGUGCUUAUCCUAUAUAUGGUGGCCACCAACAGCAGGUUAGCUGAAUUGCAGUCAUCAGAUGCCACCACAACUGUAGGAUGUAGUUCUGUACCAGUAGCUAUUUAUAGUUUGCAGGGUUGUAAUUGAAUCACCAUGAAGCUCAUGGUGAACAAUAAUUGAAUUUUGACGACCCUAAUUCGUUUUUAGGAUUGUGUUGAAUACUUGUUCUAAAUGUUGUGUGGUGCUGCAUAAGCUCUCUUAAGCCA